CAAAGCCAAUAAGACACUUGGUUGAUGAUAUCUGAAAUUUCAAAGCAUGGAAAAGGCCACAGGGCCGUUGAAUAUUUCCCUCGAGGAGUCAGUACCAUUUGUUACCAUUCUCACAAUUACUGGAGUAACAUCCAUUGCGACUAAUUUGCUAAUCGUCGGAAUAAUUUGCAAGAAUUCUCAACUGAGGAAGGUGCAUGACUUGUUCACCUUGCAUAGCAGUUUAGUAGAUUUGCUGACCGCAUCAGUUGUGGUGCCAUUCUGGAUCUUGUCUGCCAUACACAGUAAGACAAAUUUCGUGGGUGAUGUCUACUGCAAAGUCAGCGCAACCUUAAGCCUGGUGGAACUCUUGGCUCCUGCUAUGUUCCUGAUGCUAGUUGCCACCAGCAGGCAUUGUUCAAUUGUCGACAAGAUGGCUUUCCCGAGAAUAUUCAGCGAUUCCAGGUCAAAUCUGAUGGCUACGAUGGUAUGGUUGUUUUCAUUUUUGAUCAGCAUUCCUCCGCAUGUUGCAUGGCCGACUUCACCGGAGAUCCAGUGUCUUCCCGAUUUGGUAACCAAUUCUUGGUACACCACUGCCGUGUUAUCCUUUUGCUUCCUAUUACCGCUCAGUGCAGCGUUCUAUACGCACAUUUAUGACAUUUUCAUUUUUCAGCCGGAGCGAAUGAAGCGAGACGACUCUAUGAGGAGACGUUGCGAGAUUUACGCGCCUCGCGGAAGCGAGCGAACCACUCAGAAAGUGUAUUUUUUGAUUCUUAUCAUUCACACUUGCUGUUGGGCGCCCUAUCUGUGCGUGGCAUUAACUCAGGCGAUGAAUGGAGGUGAAAUAUAUUACACGGGAAAUUUUCCAAUCCAUUUUGUCGCUUUGGUGGUGGCGCUGACGGGCACAGCGCUCAAGGGAGUUGUGUCGUGCUUUGAGUUACCUCAUUUGAAAGAAUCGAUCAAGAAGCAGUUUGGGUGCACGGAAAGUGAGGAAAUCGAGGGAAAUACGACCAGAAUAUUCGAAGUUUAAGGAAAGAUGUACAAACUUCCGAAAAGCAUUUUGUGGGAGGGGUAGGUGAACCCUUGAGGACUUGCGUAUGCUUUACGGCUUGGAAAAUGAGAUUUUUAUCACGUGUAAACAAACAAAUUCCGUCUGGAUUUAUUUUAGGAGUAGUUGUAAAAGUACAUUAUCAAAAAAUAUGGAGAUUGGUCGACAAAAAAGGCUGCUUAAUUCUUGUGUCUUAAUGAUGCAGCAAAUUAGGUAUAUCUGCGGUUUCCACGCAAAUUACCAUACCCUUCAACACGACAGUACACCCACGUAUCGAAGCGUCGACUGAGGCUCUGGAAGGUUUUGACAUUUUUAUAGAGUGGUCAGAGGCUUAAAUUGGUCUCUCAGAUGAAAUAUAAACAUCCGUAAACAGGUAUGCAGCUAAUAGCUAAACAAAAUUUAUAAUUUCCAAUUCUAUACUCAGCCGAAAAGUUAAAAGGCUGUGUUACAGUAGCUUUUCUGUACAAGAAACGUUUGUUAUCUAAAAGUAUAAUUUUGUAUUAUCAUUGCGAUAAAUAGAUAGCAAUUAGAACAAGUUGGCUCAAAUUAAAGUAUAAGUUUGCCAAAUUAGUGUUUGCUAAGAUGCGUGUUUACCGCCUUUAGCUG